GUCUCCCUGACUUUCCCGCCCGGGCUGGCUUUGAACCACGACCCUCAGCGCUCAGCCUCCUGAGUAGCUGGGACGACAGGCGGGAGCCCCCAGGAAUGUGAGCGUGGGAAAGGACAGCUGUGGGGCACCUUUCAAGGCCACAUACGGGGCGAGGGUCGCGAAGUUAGCUGUCCUGUCCUCCAGAUAGCUGGAGCACAGUCCCGGGUGGCGUGGGCAUGGAGAUCGGGGACCGCUUUCAAACCCGAGUUGGUCUUUCUGCUGGCAGCUCCAUGGAGGUAAAGUGCUCCCUGUGUGUUGUGGGAAUCCAGGCCCUGGCAGAAAUGGAUCGGUGGCGAGAGGUGCUCUCCUGGGUCCUUCAGUAUUACCUGGUCCCCGAUCUACCCCCCAAAGUCUUGGAACUGUGCAUUCUUUUAUACAGCAAAAUGCAAGAACCUGGAGUUGUGCUGGAUGUGGUCUGUGCCUGGCUCCAGCACUCAGACAACCAAGGCCUUCCAGAAUAUAGAGCUGUGGCUGAGCUGCACUUGCGGCACGUGCUGCUGCCCCUGGGCCGAGUGUCGGAGGCUGAGGAAUUCGUGAUGGGCUCCAGAGCCUUCGGAGAGGAGCAGCGGGAAGAAGUACUCCAGGCUGUGCAUGCAGCAAAGCUACAGCUCAAAGAGAAGCUCUCCGGCUCCCUGGAGGCCCAGAAGCUGAACCAGGAAGGGUCAUUCUCCCAUAAGUUCCUGUCACUACUGACAUUGCUUCGUCAGCUUUGGGACUCUGCAGUGAGCCGCCUCCUUUCUCUGCCCUUGAAGAAGAGCCUCCUGGCUGCCCUGAUUCUCUGUCUCUUGGUGGUGAGGUUUGACCCAGCUUCUCCUUCUUCCCUGCCCUUCCUCUACCAGCUGGCUCAGCUCUACCGCCGGAUCAGGAAGCUCACCCUCGCGCAUCUCCACCCGCUCGCCCUCCGUGACUAAGUGGUCUUCCCCAGCUGGCCUGGCCUCCAGUACAGAACAGCCGGUCAGGCUCCUGGUCUGGCUCCUGUAGCCACGCGGCCCCCUGGGAAUGAGCCUGGCUCAUGCUGGAGAGAGCAACUGAGCCAGGAGGCUCUCCUGUGGCUCUGAGCCCUCCUCUCCGCACCUCACAGCUGGCCUUGGGGGCAACAUGGGAAUAGAGGAUCUGGAGCCCCCCACAGCACCGCUGACACCAGUGGACGUCGGGGAAGGAGGGAGGGGUUUGGGAGCUGGGAGUUUGUCCCAGGAACAUUCCAUUUCUUUGACAAGGGCAAGUGUUGACUUUCAAGGUCAGGGUGUUGAUGGAACUGAAAGUUCAGAAAAAUGACCUUGGCCUUUCACUUCUCUGAAAAACUUAUUUCUGAAAUUACCCCAAGGGUAGCACCCUAAUUAGUGUAGAAGUCAGAAGAACCUUGUCUCCUACGCCUCUCUGCAUAGAAGUAAGCAUAACUACGUUUGCGUUUACUGUCCCAUCCCCCCUCAGCGAGCCUGAGCCUCCCGCUGCUGAAGGCAGUCACCAUCCACCACUCAGAACCACCCAGGUGACCAUGGGGCAAAGCCAGCCAGGCCUUUUAUGAUUGCAAAAGUGAUCUUGGUCUUUGCUGUUUUCCAGCCUGCUCGCAGCCUGUUGUGUGGCACUGUCUCUGCCACUCGGUCCGACUACAUGCCUGCCUGCCCUGCAAACUUUGUUUUCCAGGUACCCUUGUCUCCUUGGUCCACACUGGUCCCCUUCCUACAUCCUGUGUCCUGCUUCUAUUCUAUUACUUGUAUAAUGUACAGGCUUUCUGCUCUUAUGGCCAUGAAAAGUAGGCCAGCUUCAGAAGCGGAUGAGCUGAAAAUGGAAUGAGGUGAGCGGGCAGGGCAGUGUGGGGCCUUGAGCUCAGGGGAGAGGAGCCAUCCUAGAGAUGGCCACAGGAUCUUCGUGUGUCCUUACAAGUGGACGCAGAGUUCACUGUUACCAAGGUGACGGAAGCCCUCCAUUCAACAGGAAUCUGUGAAGGCCAAACAAGCCACCCAUGCUGGGGCCAGGAAAGUGGGGCUGAGUUCAGGGAUUGGAAGUUUACUUCUCUUUAGAAAAAGGAAACUACGGCAUUAAGACUUACAUCUAAAUCCUUA